CUCUGUUUUUUUUUACUUGACUCUGUCAUAUUUUACUAUGGCUCUCUCUUUUUGUUUUAUUUACCAGAGACUUUCACUUCCUAUGUUUUGUGAUUCCAGAGAUUUAACGCACAAGCAGUAGUUCGAGUUGAAGAAAAGCUAUUGCGCUAUAUCUGUUGCUAAGAAGGAGAAGAAAAAGACGUCUUUUUUUAGGAAUGAGAAGAUUGUGGAUUCAGCACAAAGUGAAGGUCAUACUUUUCAUUUUAAUUCUGACAUUCCUAAUUUGUUUUAACACCAUUGGGCUAACUGGAAUGUUUGAAAGCCCACAGCUGACAGGUGAAAAUGGCAUUAAUUGCUCAGCAAUAUAUGACAUGGAUCCUGUGGAACUGGGCAAAACUUUAGCCAUCCAUAAAAAAAAGAGCUAUGUGGGGCCAACUGACCAGGAUAUUGCCAAUGCCACCUCCGAUUGUAAUUGGUUUGUGAAAUCAAAGGGCUAUGAUGUAAUACAAGGCUCUGAGAUGGAGCGUGAAUUUCCCCUUGCUUACUCUUUGGUUAUUCAUAAGGAUGCGUCUCUUGUGGAGAGAUUGUUAAGGGCCAUCUAUAUGCCUCAUAAUAUAUAUUGCAUACAUUAUGACCUGAAGUCUUCAGAUGACUUCAUUAUGGCCAUAAAAGGGCUGGCCCGCUGCAUCCCUCAUGUCUUCAUUGCCUCAAAAUUGGAGAGGGUGCAGUAUGCAGGCAUCUCACGCCUCAAAGCAGAUCUUAAUUGCCUGUCUGAUCUUCUGGAGUCUAAGGUCAAAUGGAAAUAUGUCAUCAACCUGUGUGGUCAGGACUUUCCACUGCGAACAAAUGCUGAACUGGUGUCAGAUCUAAAGUUGCUUAAAGGCAGGAACAUGGUGGAGAGCAAACGGCCUGAAGAAAAGAAGAGGCGCUGGAGUUUCCACUAUGCCCUGAAAAAUGACAAAUCUGAAUUCUAUGAGUCACCUAUCAGCACUUCCGAGGCAAAGUCUCAACCACCUCACAACAUAGAAAUGUUUGUGGGCAGUGCAUACUUUGCACUCUCAAGGGAAUUUGUGCUCUUUGUUCAGUGGAAUUCUCUAGUCAGGGAUUUCUUGACUUGGUCUGAGGAUACAUACUCACCUGAUGAACACUUUUGGGCAACUCUGAUUCGUGUGCCUGGAGUACCAGGGGAGGUGCCAAGAUCUGACCCUGACAUUACAGAACUGACAUCUAAAACCCACUUGGUGAAAUGGUCGUAUUUGGAAAAGACUCUUUACCCACCAUGCACUGGGGUCCGUGUACGGUCUGUGUGUAUUUAUGGUGUUGCUGAGCUCAGAUGGCUCCUAAACUACGGCCACUGGUUUGCUAAUAAAGUGGACCCAAAUGUAGAUCCUAUUCUCAUUGAAUGUUUAGAGGAGAAGCUUUUAGAAAAACGCUGAUGUCAAAAUAAUAGGAAAAUUAUUAUUAUUAUUAUUAUUAUUCAUUUAAUGUGGCCUCUACCAUAAAGCACAUUGAACAAAGGGUUACAGGAUUGUUUUUGAGUUGACAAAACCAAUAGAAUCAAGCGUGAUUGGUACCAGUAUGCUUCUCUUUUCCCUUUCAACUCUGACUUUGAUCCUGAGUUUAGGAUUAGAUCACACACAUGAACGAAUGAUGUUUGCAGCAAACAGCCAAUCACGGGAAACAAGGAUUGGACUGUUGGAAACAAAUUCUGAAAAUAUAAGACUGUGGGGGCCUUGGUAGCUCAGAGAGUAAGACACUGACUACCACCCCUGGAGUCACGAGUUCGAAUACAGGGCGUGCUGAGUGACUCCAGCCAGAUCUCCUAAGCAACCAAAUUGGCCCGGUUACUAGGGAGGGUAGAGUCACAUGGGGUAACAUCCUUGUGGUUGCUAUAAUGUGGUUCUUACUCUCUGUAGGGCACGUGGUGAGAUGUGCGUGGAUGCCGCAGAGAAUAGCGUGAAGCCUCCACACGUGCCAUGUCUCUGUGGUAACAUGCUCAACAAGCCACGUGAUAAGAUGAGCGGAUUGACAACUCAAACGCAGAGGCAACUAAGAUUUAUCCUCCGCCACCUGGAUUAAAGCGAGUCACUACGCCACCAUAAGGACUUAGAGCGCAUUGAGAAUUGGGCAUUCCAAAUUGGAGAGAAAUGGGGAGAGAGAGAAAAAGGGAGCACUCAGAAUAGCAUUCUGAAUAGCCUACUGUUUGCAAUAAUUGGCAAGCAAUAAGAUGUACUUGUUCUUUUUUAAAAAGACACAAGAUUUGAUGUACUGUUUACAUUGAACUUCAUGUAAAAUACUGUAAGUUCAUCUCUAGUCCAUGAAAGAAGGGGUAUGGGAGGCAUUCAUCUCUUUCUAUAGCCAUCUUCUGGAGUGAUUAAGCUUUUCAUAUUUUAAAAUUGUUUAAAACUAUUGGCAGGUAUUAUAUUAAUCCAUGUUACUAGUAAGAUUACCAUGUAUCAAGAUCAAAUUUGAUUGUGCAACAAGACAUAAACAUAAUUUGUGCAAAAAGUAAUAAUAACAGAUUGUUGUUUUGAUUCAAAUCAUUAAAAAGAAAAAUUUGUCAAAUAAUGCAAAUACUUUUGAGACAAAAUUUUACUUUCACUAUCACCGGUUUUACUCAUUCCUCCAAUGUUCAUAUUACCAAAAAAUUGCAAAUCAUGUAACCAAGGGAACUUUAACUGAGUUAAAUAAAAAAGUAUUUUCAGCUUUACUUUCCAUUUGCAUUGGAGUUGAAUAUGAAUAUUGGACUUGAAUAUUCUUGUUUGCUUUACUGAAACUGGGCAGCAGACUUCUAGUUCCCUGCAUGCUUUGCAUGGUACUUGACAGGGAGAGUAAGUUUUUUAAUUAAGUGUUAUUUUAGGUAUCUUUGUGCAAGAUGAACAUGAAAAGGGUUACUUGUUAGUGUUUACUGUUUUGUUAUUUUAUGGUGAGAUUUAGAAGAAUUUCUGUGAUGUUGCAUUUUUAAGGGUUACCAUCAUGGUGAAUACUGGCGUUUGAGCCUAGGUUGAGGACCAAUACAAUGUGUAUAUAUUUUCUAUUGCUUUAUCCAAUGAGCAGUUGUUGUUCUAACCGCUGUUAAAUAAAAUUAUUGC